AUGCCCCAAAAACUCUCCCUCGUCCUAACAACAAGCCUCACCCUCCUCGACCAAUUCCAAACCAUCAUCUACUCCCCGCCCCAAAAACCCGUUCCCAACGACACGGACGAUGCGAAGAGAAAAGAUGACGCUCUGUCCCUCCUAACAGCCUCCUCGCAUGCUUUACACUCACAAGUUACGAAACUUUCGCUCCUUACUAUCACGGCGCCAUUUACGCGUUCUGCUAUUUGUACGGUGCUUAGCGCGUUGAAUGAAUCCGUGCUUCCGUCGCUUGUUACGGCUGCGUUACUCGUGAACCCGGAUGACUUUACGAAGGCGUUCCACGCUGAGAUUCAGAUACUGGCGAAGGCAGCACUAAAAGAGCUAGCUGCGCUGAUUGGUGAAGUUAAGGGUGUCGCGGAUAAGAAUGAUAAAGCACAGAGUGAAGGGAAGAAAGAAGAGGAUCUCUCACAGGCGGAGAAGGAUGUUGUGACUGUUGCGACGGGUCGGGUUUGGGAUGCGUGCGAUGUCCUUGUUGAUGUUGCGACGAAGGGGGUUGUGGGGUUUGUGAUCCGGCGUGUUGAGCAAUGGAGGGAUCUUGUGAAGGAUGCGGUUGAGGAGAUCGAGGAGUGGGAUCCUGAUGAAGAUGAUGAUUUCUUCGAUGAUUUGCUGGGUGAGGACGGGAAGGGUGCCGGUGACGACGAGAGUGAUGAGAAUGAUGAUGAGGACGAGGAUACGGCUAUUUCGCACGCUCGCAAGAAGUCGACUCUCCGUGUUCUCAAACCCGUUGCGCAAAUCUUCCCCGCCAUCUCCACGAAUCGGUUGAAGAAUGCCGGUAAUGCUCCCGUCGCGUCUAAUGCCAAUGUCCGCAAAAUCGAGUCCCUUAUGGUCAACUUAUAUUCCAUCCCCGAGGAUAUCGACGAGGUAGCAGGUGCGCUGUACGAAGCAAACUGGGAAAAGCAUACACGGUUCCUGGGCAAGAUCAAAGAUGAUGCUGCGAAGGCUGUUGGCCUGGUAAAGGCUCCUUGGGGAGCAGAGGGCACAGUGGACAAGUUUACGACUUGGUCGAAAACUUGGCUAAAGGUUGUGGAUGAGGUUAGCAAGUCGAUUGAUGAGACAAGCUAG